ACUCUGUGACAUCAGCCCCAGGGCUGCAGGUGCCAUGGGCAAUGCAGUGCUGCAGGCACUCGGCUCGGAGGCUGCACUGCAAGAGACAAGCUUUUGUUUCCUGGCAGUGAUGAACCUGCUGUACCUCCUCAUCCUGCUGGCUGUGUACAGACCUGCACAUGGCACCUGGGACAACUGCAAAGGGACCUGUGGGCAGCGGCCCAUGGCUUCUGACUUCAACUCCAUAGCUGCUGACUACAGAAUGAUGGCUGGCGCAGGUGCCCUGCCAGGGGCCUGGCCCUGGAUUGUCAGCAUCCAGGACCCCAGGAAAAUAGGCACUGGCCAUACGUGUGGAGGGUCCCUCAUCAGCCCACAGUGGGUCCUCACAGCAGCCCACUGCUUCCUCCAGGCCAGGAACGUCACCAUGUGGCGUGUGCUGAUCGGGGCCACCCAGCUGACCCAUCUGGGCCCCGAGGCCCAGGUGCGCCACAUCAAGCGGCUGCUGGCCCACCAGGAGUACACGGCUGACUCCCAGCAGUAUGACAUUGCCCUGCUGGAGCUGGACGAGCCCGUGGAGUGCAGUGACUACGUGCAGCUUGCCUGCGUGCCCAACGCCUCGCUCACGGUGUCCGAGCUGAAAACCUGCUACAUUGCUGGCUGGGGUUCUGCCAGUGCAAAAGCUCAGGGUGCCAGCGAUGUCCUGCAGGAAGCCAAGGUCCGUCUCCUGGACAUCCAGCUGGUGAACAACAGCCGCUGGUACGCCGGGACCAUCCACACCCACAACCUGUGUGCUGGCUACCCACGGGGGGCCAUGGACACCUGCCAGGGUGACAGUGGAGGGCCUCUGGUGUGCAAAGACAACCGUGCCAGCCACUUCUGGCUUGUUGGAGUGACCAGCUGGGGAAAAGGCUGUGCCAGAACAAAACGGCCGGGAGUCUACACCUCCACUCAGUACUUCUACGACUGGAUCCUGAUCCAGAUGGGCGUGUGCCCACCCGUAACAGCCACUUCAACACCAGAGUCAGCCUGCAUCUCAAGCCCUCUUGAGCAGCCAGAGCCAACACCAACAGAAUCAGGCUGCUCUACUCCCACUCCAUAUCCACAGUCAGUUGAAACAGAGACUCCAACAGCAGAGCCAACCUUCAGCUCAAUCUCCUUUGAGGAGCCAGAGCUAGAGCCAGAGCCAGAGCCAGAGCCAGAGCCAGACGCAGAGCUAGAGCUAGAGCCAGAGCCUGAGGCAGAGCCAGAGCCAACACCAACAGAGCCAGGCUGCUCUACACCCAGCCCUCAAUACCCAACUGCAGCAGCCACACCAGAGCCAGCCUGGACCUCAAACCCCCCUGAAGAGCCAGUGCCAACACAACCUCUCUUGCCCGCUCCACAUCCGUACCAGAUACUGGAGCAAUUCUUAACUCAGGUGCACCAGAUGCUGCAGAACCUCAUGGGAAAAAAGGCAGGAGGAGAAGGAUGAACAGGAUCCAGUGCAGGCUGCAGUGGACCAUGACCACUUCAUACUGGGGCAGUGCCUGCUGAUCCAAAGGCAGCCUCAGGGUCAAAGGUGUCCUCUGUCCUGCCCACCUUCCUCCUCUGCAUGCACACAAAUGCUAAAAUUGAUUUAGUUGUGGAAAUAAAGUUGCCUAUUGCCACUGUUA